AUGAAGUCCGCUCUCGCCCUGCUCACCAUCAUCGGGACUGCUCUUGCCGCCAGUCAGAAGCCCCUCGGAGGGCCCAUCGUCGAUGCCUACCUCGGACCGAACGCUACCGCCCUCAGAGCCCACGCGCUCGAGCUGAUGGACAAGUAUCCUCUGAUUGACACCCAUGUCGAUAUGCCCCAGAUCCUGCGGACGCUAGGUCGUCGUCCGCUCGACAUGGUAGAUGAUCUCGACAAGCACGUCCCCGGCCAUGUUGAUAUCCCUCGGAUGAAGGAAGGCAAGCUUGGCGGGCUUUUUAUGACUGUCUAUUCGCCUUGUCCCAACUUUAUCGGCCAGGACCCCGGGCCAGACUUCCUCAACCCCCUCGAGACCGUUCGUGACAACAUCGAAAUGUUUGACCUGAUCCAGAACAUUGUGGACGAGCAUCCGGACACCUUUGCGUGGGCCUACUCGUCCGCGGAUAUCAGGCGGAACUUUGCCAACAAGAAGAUCUCGGCCUUGAUCGGCAUUGAGGGAGCGCAUACUCUCGGCAACUCGCUCUCAACCUUGCGUAUAUACGCCCAGCUCGGUGCCAAGUACCUCACCUUGACCCACAUCUGCCACAACGCCUUCGCAUCAUCUGCGGGCUGGGGCAAGGGCUUCGAGGUCACGCCUAUUCACCCAAACAAUGGCUUGUCUGACUUUGGCCGCGCGCUCGUGCUCGAAAUGAACCGCCUUGGAAUGAUGGUCGACCUAGCCCAUGUGUCCUGGGAGGUCAUGCAAGACGUCCUCGAUAUCACUCGCGCUCCUGUCGUCUUCACCCACUCUGGCGCUGCAGCCGUCAACGACCACCCGCGGAACGUCCCGGACUACAUCUUGAAGCAGAUCGGGUCAGGCAAGGGCCAGAACAACGGUAUCAUCCUCUCGGUCUUCUACCCCAUCUUCAUCGGCCUCGACAGAGCCACCGUUGGCCGCGUCGCAGACCACAUCGAACAUAUCGCCAGUGUCUGCGGUAGAGCCCACGUCGGUAUCGCCUCCGACUUUGACGGCAUGUACUCAUCUGUCGAGGGACUGGAGGACGCUAGCAAGUACCCGCAACUCAUCAUGGAACUGCUCGACCGUGGAUGGAGCGACGACGAGAUCAAGGGCGUGAUGGGCGAGAAUCUGCUGCGCGUCAUGGAUGCUCAAGACGCCGUCAAGGAGAGUCUCAAGCACGAAAAGCCGGCUAGGGACAUCUACGAGAAGCGUCAGGAUCUGCCUGCGCCCUGGGGAGGUGAGGACAACAAGUACUUGCCGACCGAGGUGAGAAAGGUGGUACACGCGAGGAGGCAGCGAGAUGAGCUCUAG